GCUUUGCACCUGUCUUCGCGUCUGCUUCUUCUUCCUAAAGGCCUCCAAGCUCAAGCUCGUAUCUGUAGCUAUGACGGCUCAAAAGAUCCCUCAAAAGAUCAACGAUCUUACCGUUCUUCCUAUCACAUACUCGGACGAAUGCCUUCAUUUUCUCUACAUUCGAGCGCACAAUCCCGGCUCCUCUGCUAAGGCAAAAGCUAAAAGUCUUCCCUCUGGACGGACACUCUUCAUCGUCAACCCCCCUCCCGAUGCUACCGAGCGUGAAAUCACUUUGCUCUUCAAAUCUUGUGGGACAAUAGAACGUGUCGUUUUCGGUUCGCCACAAUCAGACGCAGCCGACGGAGGAGACGGAGAGAGCAGCGAGGACACCGAUAUGGAGGAUGACGAGGAGGUCGAGGAGGAUGAAGAGGAUGAGCCGAUGAAAGGACCAGCUUCUAAACGCAGAAAACUGGACAAAGACGGCCGGAGUGCUCGCCUGUCUGCGCCCCAGGUCUUUCCCCUUCCAUCCACACCUCUACGCAUAAUCAGACCGACUGGUCGUUUCGCAUACGUCGUCUUCCUCGACUCCUCAUCCCUCGAGCGCGCCCUUUCACUUUCCUCUCAACCUCCAAAAAAGAAGUCAGCAUCGACAUCAUCUCCACCAUACCCUCGCCCUUGGCUCCUCGACCCAGAAGCUCCAUCCGGUCUUGCGCAUUAUACUGCUCUAUACGAUGUAUCACGGCCGCCUAUGGAUGUCAUUCGUCUACAUGCAGAUUCUUCGAUAGAGCUGUACGACUACAACCUCGAGAAGAGGAAACGUGCGCUACAGAAGGAGUCGAAGUACCGGAAGGGAGAGGCUAUCGUGGAUGAGGAUGGCUUCACGCUGGUCACGAGAGGCGGGGCCUAUGGUCAGGCUGUCGGCGGUGGGGUCGGAGUGGCGAGUAAAAAGUUCAUGGACGGUACGGGGAAGAAAAAGGACGAAAGCGGUGGUACGAGAAAACGGAAGAAGGGGAAGAAAGAAAAGGAGGCGUUCUACGCUUUCCAGGUUCACGAGAAGAAGAGGAAAGACCUUAUGGAUCUGAAAGCAAACUUCGAGAAAGACAAGGAGAAGGUCGAGCAGCUAAGGGCUUCCAAAAAGUUCAAGCCUUACUGA